AUGCUCACGUACAACCAAAAUGGUACCAGCCGGGGUAUCGCUUCCAUUGUCUUCAGCAAGCCUGACACGGCCGCCAAGGCUGCUAAGGAUUUGAACGGCCUGCUCGUUGACGGGAGACCUAUGAAGAUCGAGGUUGUUGUCGAUGCCUCGCACGCUCCCGAAGUCCCUGCUCCCAAGCCUCUUGGUGAGCGUGUCGCACAAACCAAGCCCCAGCCGAAGCCCGCCACAGCUACCAAGACUGCUAAUGCCCGUCGGGGUCGUCGUGCCCGUCGUGGCGGUGGUCGUAACACGAGCCGCCCUAAGCCCAAGACUGUGGAGGAGUUGGACGCCGAAAUGGUCGACUACUUCGCUGGCAACGAAAACGCCCCUGCUGAGGGCAACGCACCCGCCAAUGGAACUGCCCCGCAGCCCGCCACCAACGGUGGUGAGGAUACGGGAAUGGCUGAGAUCUCGCUUUUCACCAUGGUUCAUUUCUUGGCUGCGUAUGGUAUGCGAGGGGAUCAGAAUGAGUUAUCAAGUCCAUGUGCCAUUCGGCGGCCCAAAAUACCCAACGUCUGGCAUCGUCUUCCAUGGCACACCCUCUGCAUCCGCCGUGUUGAGAUAUACGUUAUUUCCCCACCAGUCGGGGAAGACGGCGCCGGGGUACGAGAUGCAGAAGAAGAUGACGAUACCACUCAGAGCGAGACCGGUGUCCAGCGCAGCGGCCAAGACGUAGUUGUAUUUAGUCCACCAAGCGAAGAAGCGGCGUUUGAUGAAAUGGUUGAAGGCGAAGUUGACCAUGGCCCAGCUGGAGUAGUUGAUUCCGGUUGCUGUUUCAUUAGAUUAUUGAUAUACUACAAUAGUAAACAGAGGGGGGGGCAUACCCGGCGGAACAUUGUAGGUCCCUACAAAGAUCAGAGGCCAAUUGAGGUACUUCCAGAAGUUUUGGCGAGUGCGCUUGUACAGGAACCAGGUGAUGACAGGAGCGAUGGCGCCGAUCCAGAAGAAAUGCAGGAGGGAGGAGUAGAUGCGGCCGACGGAGUAGAGGCGGCGGGGGCCGAUAAGCCCCCAGAUGAUGGAGGAGGAGUAGACGGUGCGGCCGUUGGGGCAGGAGAAGCCGUCGGGUUGGUCGGAGGCGCAGACUUCGGCGAUGGGGCCGAGUAUCCAGAUGGUCACGCCGGCCUGGACACCCUGGCCGACGACGUCGCUGCUGAGGAUCUUGAAGAGCAUGUUGGCCAGCGGCUUGCCUUCGAACAUGUAGCCGCCGAUGAACUCGCUCAGCACGUUGAUCUGGUUGGCGUUGACGUUGGUGAUGCCCUCGACGAUGCCGCAGGGGAUCAUGUACAGGGCCGGGAUGAAGAGGGCCAGGAACACGCCGUAGACGGGGAGUUGGGUGUCGUAGACCUCGACGACGGCGAUGGCGACGGCCAUGAUGGCGACGAUGAUGGCGGCGUACCAGUACCAGGGCGUCUUGGGGUAGGCGCGCAUGAGGCGGGCGUGCACGUCGAGCUUGUUACGGCCCUUCAGCGCGGCCCAGACGUCGCGCCCGUGCCAGAGGCCGAUGUGCGAGAGCACGGCGGUGAUGGAGGCGAACGAGAGCCCGUAGACGAAGGCGAAGGUCGCGGGCAGGUACGGCGGCGAGUAGCUGCGGUAGGCGUCGACGUCGAGGGAUUUGUCGGCGCCGACCACCCGCCGCGAGUCGUAGACCUGCCCUGUGCGGUCGUACACAUCGGACGUCAUCAGCGGAAGGUAGGAUGUGAACCAGGUGUUGGAGUAGUAGAUGCCCGGGACGACGACCCAGAAGAAGAUGACGAAGCCGGCGAAGACGUUCAGCGCCGCCCAGGAGGGGGACAGCAGCGGGUUGGUGUUGUAGACGAUCUGGCUCCAGUCGAAGGUGAUCGGGCUGAGGCCCAGACCGGUUUGCAUGCCGAAGAGAUGGUUGACGAUGACGUUGCGCGGCGCGAUCCAGCACACCCAGGUGAAGUACGACAGCGCGGUGAACAUGAGCCCCGGGAAGAAGUACCAGAUGAAGGCGCCGGCGGUGACGUAGAGGAAGAAGCGCAGCCGGGAGAUGCGCCAGCCGUUGGCGACCGAGUUGGCGCGCGAGUGCAGCGUUUCCAGCAUCGCGCAGUUGGAGAGCACCUGCGGCCAGAUGAUGCUGGCCGGUUCGACGAGCCAGGGCGCUGCGAGCCCGGCCACGCCAAAGCCCAGCAGCUGGGCGCAAAUGACGACCAGGACGGAGAAGCCCGCCGACAGGCCGAAGUUGUAGAACUUGGGGCUGGUGGCUUGGAUGAUUUUGGUGGCGUCGGCACUGCCAUAUCCAAAGGAGACAUUGCUCAUGAUGACGAUCACGGCGUGCUCUUUGAUGUUGAAAUGGCGGUCGGGAUUGAGACAGAAUGUCCCCAAGGGACCCAGGCGGAUGGUCGUCAAUGGGAGGACUUUGGCCAGGAAGACGCCACAGGGGUAGGCAAGCAACUCGGCCACUAG